AUGUGUGCAUAUAAAAUCAAUCCUGAAAGCAGUGCCUUUGUCCCCAAGCUCUGUCCCAAUGGAGCCAUUGUCCUGCGGGGCAGCUGGCACCCUGACUCCAGCUCCCAGCCCAAGGCGGCCGGGCAGCUCCCAGCAGCCGGCCCGGGGCCAGGGCAGCCGCUGCAGGGGCCGGGGAGAAGCGAAGUUUCUGCGUCAAACCUCAGCCAUGGAGAAAAAAGACCCGCUGGUACGGUUAUAUCUUUAUUUGCUUUUGCCUUUGGAGUAAAUGUCUGCAUGGGAUUUACAACGAAUCGCUUUAGGAGAUCUGAAGAAUGGGAUGAGGGCCCAAUCUCAGUCCUGUCAGAUUCCCCCUGGAUCAGUACCUCUGGCUCCUGCAAAAACAGAUGCUUUGAACUUCAAGAGGCAGAGCCUCCUGGCUGCCGCUGUGACAACCUGUGCAAGAGCUACAACAGCUGCUGCUUCGACUUUGAUGAGCUGUGCUUAAAGACAGCUCGAGGCUGGGAAUGUACCAAAGACCGCUGUGGAGAAACCAGGAAUGAUGACAAUGCUUGUCACUGCUCUGAAGACUGCUUAAGUAGAGGAGACUGUUGCACUAAUUACCAAGUCGUUUGCAAAGGAGAAACCCACUGGGUGGAUGAUGACUGUGAAGAGAUAAAAACUCCUGAAUGUCCAGCAGGCUUUGUUCGUCCUCCUUUGAUCAUCUUCUCUGUUGAUGGUUUCCGUGCAUCAUAUAUGAAGAAAGGGAACAAGGUCAUGCCCAAUAUUGAAAAACUGAGAUCAUGUGGAACGCAUUCUCCUUACAUGAGGCCGGUCUACCCUACAAAAACCUUCCCCAACUUGUACACUCUCGCUACUGGACUCUAUCCUGAAUCACAUGGAAUCGUUGGCAAUUCAAUGUAUGACCCAGUGUUUGAUGCCAGCUUCAGUCUUCGAGGGCGAGAGAAAUUCAAUCACAGAUGGUGGGGAGGUCAACCAAUUUGGAUUACUGCAGCCAAGCAAGGGGUGAAAGCUGGCACAUUCUUCUGGUCUGUUGUCAUUCCCCAUGAGCGCAGAAUACUAACAAUACUGCAAUGGCUGACCCUUCCGGAUAACGAAAGGCCUUAUGUUUACGCUUUCUACUCCGAGCAACCAGAUGCUGCUGGCCACAGAUAUGGACCUUUCAACUCAGAGGAGAGUAGUUAUGGCUCCCCUCUUACUCCGCCUAAGAGACCUAAGAGAAAGCUUCCUCCUAAGAGGAGACAGGAAAGACCAGUUGCAGCUCCAAAGCAAAGAAGAAGAAAAGUACGUAGAGUGGAUCAAUAUGCUGCGGAAGCUCGUCGGAAGAAAAUGAUGGUAAAUCCCCUGAGAGAGAUUGACAAGACAGUAGGACAACUGAUGGAUGGACUGAAACAGCUGAAACUACAUCGAUGUGUCAACGUCAUAUUUGUUGGUGAUCAUGGGAUGGAAGACACUACUUGUGAAAGAACUGAAUUUUUGAGCAACUAUCUGACCAAUGUGGAAGAUAUCAUACUGCUGCCUGGAUCUUUAGGGAGAAUUCGCCCUAGGUCUAGCAAUAACCUAAAAUAUGACCCUAAAGUGAUUGUUGCCAACCUUACAUGCAGGAAGCCAGACCAGCACUUUAAGCCAUACUUGAAACAUCACCUUCCUAAACGCUUGCAUUAUGCUUACAACAGACGAAUUGAAGAUGUCCAUUUAUUGGUCGAUCGCAAGUGGCAUGUAGCAAGGAAAGCUGUGGAUGUUUACAAGAAACCAACAGGAAAGUGUUUCUUCCAUGGAGACCAUGGCUAUGACAACAAGAUAAACAGCAUGCAGACUGUCUUCAUAGGUUAUGGACCUACAUUCAAAUACAAGACCAAAGUACCUCCCUUUGAAAACAUUGAACUUUACAAUGUCAUGUGUGAUCUGCUUGGAUUAAAGCCUGCUCCCAAUAAUGGGACCCAUGGAAGUUUGAAUCACCUGCUAAGAGCCAAUGUUUAUAAACCAACUGUGCCAGAUGAAGUUGCUAAGCCACUUUAUCCUGUAGCUCUGCCUUCUGCAUCAGAUUUUGAUAUAGGAUGUACAUGUGAUGAUAAGAAGAACAAGUUGGAUGAACUCAACAAGCGCUUUCAUGUCAAGGGAACAGAAGAGAAGCAUCUUCUGUACGGGCGCCCCGCAGUGCUGUACCGCACAAAGUACAAUAUCUUGCACCACCAUGACUUUGAAAGUGGCUACAGUGAAACAUUCCUGAUGCCUCUCUGGACAUCCUACACUAUUUCCAAACAGGCAGAGGUAUCCGGUGUGCCAGAGCACCUGGCCAGCUGUGUCAGGCCCGAUCUCCGCAUAUCUCCAGGAAACAGCCAGAGCUGCUCAGCCUACAGAGGUGACAGGCAGCUCUCCUACGGCUUCCUCUUCCCUCCUCAACUAAGUUCCUCUGCAGAAGCAAAGUAUGAUGCUUUUCUAAUAACAAAUAUCAUUCCAAUGUAUCCUGCUUUCAAAAAGGUAUGGAACUAUUUCCAAAGGGUUUUAGUGAAGAGAUAUGCCACUGAACGAAAUGGAGUCAAUGUUAUAAGUGGACCAAUCUUUGACUAUGACUACGAUGGUUUACAUGACACACCUGAAAAGAUCAAACAGUUUGUGGAAGGCAGUGCCAUCCCUGUUCCUACUCAUUACUAUGCCAUCAUAACCAGCUGUUUAGAUUUCACUCAGCCAGCCGACAAGUGUGAUGGACCACUCUCUGUUCUCUCGUACAUCCUUCCCCACCGGCCUGACAACGAUGAGAGCUGCAAUAGCCUGGAAGAUGAAUCAAAGUGGGUUGAAGAUCUUCUUAAGAUGCACACUGCACGGGUGCGGGACAUCGAGCAGCUCACAAGCUUGGACUUCUUCCGAAAGACCAGUCGCAGCUACACAGAAAUCCUCUCCCUAAAGACAUACCUGCAUACAUUUGAAAGUGAAAUUUAGCUUUCUAACCUUGCUCAGUGCAUUCUUUUAUCAACUGGUGUAUAUUUUUAUAUUGUUUUUAUAUUUAUUAAUUUGAAACCAGGACAUUAAAAAUAUUAGUAUUUUAAUCUUGUAUCAAAUCUUAAAUAUUAAACCCUUGUGUCACUUGUUUUGUUUCUCUAACGUUUAAUGUAGGUAUGCCUCUUGGUUUAUUUAGUAGCGCUUGUAAUACUGCAGCUUAAGUCCUUACACCAAGAGUUUAUCUGGUGCUGCAGAAUUUGAUACGUGAAUCAAGGAAAUACUAAAUUCCCAUGCUCCUUUACCACACUUUUAGUCCUGUACUGUGUAUCAAAAUACUGAACAUGUAAAAUUACAUUCAUUUACUGUUGACUAUGUGACAGACAUAUUUAAACCCUAUAGACAAAUAGCAUCUUAAAUAUAAUAAACCACACAUUCAGUUUUUUUAA